GACAUAUAUUUAGAAGAUAUAUACGUUUGAUUUAUUAUAGGAGAUACAAAAUUGAUGUGACUGAUUGAAAAGAUAAUUUAGUUGUCAUAGAAUCAAAAAAUGAUGAAUGAUUUAUGUUAAUUCAACCAGAUUAUACUACUUCAAUUAGUACUCAUUUCAAUUCUGUAAUAAAUACUUCUAGUUUACUAGAUCAUUAUUAGCAUUAAAUAAGCACCAUUUGAGCAAUUCUAAGGAAGAUUUAACUGUGCAUUUAAUAAAGUUUAGUCAGUUCUAGUAUUAAGGAAACCUCAAUGUCUAUGAAAGACUUGUCAUAAAAAUACUAAUAAUUCAGCUUACGCUGUUCGAACUCAAAAACUACGUAGUCGGUUGAGAUACUAUUGUAUAUUCAAACAGAUGCCCAUCAUUCUCUUGACAGAUAUAGCAUAUCACAUGUUUUUAAUAUUUCUUCUUUUUUAGGCUCGUAGUCCUGUAUUUGCUGCUAUGUUUUCUCAUUCAAUGCUAGAAGAUCAAAAUUCUACAAUCGAAAUAACUGAUUUACAAGCUGAAACAGUUCGUUGUUUACUUGAAUAUAUUUAUACUUCAAAUGUCGAAGAUAUUAAUGAACAUAAUGCUAUAGAAAUUUUUAAAGCUGCCGAUAAAUAUCAAUUAGAAUUUUUAAAACAAAAAGCUGAAUUAAUAAUGAGUAAUUCUUUAUCAAUAUCAAAUUGUACAAUGCUUUUUAUUGUCGCUGAUUUACACAAUGCAAAUGAUUUAAAAAAACGUAUUUUAAAUUUUAUUAUGCGUAAUAUACUUCAAGUUAUUGAAACAGAUGAUUGGCGUAUUUUAGUUGAACAACAUCCAGUAUUAGCAACAGAAGCUUUUGUUUAUUCAGCUGAACAUGCUGCAUCAUGUGCUUGUUCGUCGUAA